AUGGCAAAAACAACAGUUCCUACAAUUUGGUGCAAUCGUGAAAAAAUCAAGCAAGCAAGUGAAUAUAAUACGCAGAGAAUUAAGAAAACUACAAAUCCCGUAUGUCCAGAUGUGGAUCAAGCUCUUAUACGAUGGUUUGAGGUGCGAAGAACCGAAAAUAUUCCUAUAAGUGGUUUGAUUUUAAAAGCAAAUGCGAUUUUAGGUGCAUUACGGAUGGAUAAAUAUUAUCAAAUAAGUAAUGCACCUUCUUCACACAAAGCUGAUCAGACAGACCAGCAAAAAGUGUAUAGCAAAACUUCGUCUGUCGCAGACUAG